AUGCUUGUGCUUCUUCUACUUGCGCUUCCUCUGCUUGUGCUUCCUCUGCUUGCGCUUCCUCUGCUGUUGCUUCCUCUGCUUGUGCUUCCUCUUCUUGCGCUUCCUGUGCUUGUGCUUCCUCUGCUUGCGCUUGCUCUCCUUACGCUUCCUUUGCUUGAGCUCCUGUGCUUGUACUUCCUCUGCUUGUGCUUCCCUGCUUGCGCUUCCUCUGCUUGUGCUUCCUCUCCUUGCGCUUCCUCUGCUUGUGCUUCCUCUGCUUGCGCUUCCUCCGCUUUCGCUCCUCUGCUUGUGCUUCAUCUGCUUGUGCUUCUUGCUUGCGCUUCCUCUGCUUGUGCUUCCUCUACUUGCGCUUCCUCUGCUUGCGCUUCCUCUGCUUGCGCUUCCUCUUCUUGCGCUUCCUCUGCUUACGCUUCCUCUGCUUGUGCUUCUUCUGCUUGCUCUUCCUUUGCUUACGCUUUCUCUGCCUGCGCUCCUCUGCUUGUGCUUCCUCUGCUUGCGCUUCCUCUGCUUGCGCUUCCUCUGCUUGUGCUCCUCUGCUUGCGCUUCCUCUGCUUGUGCUUCCUCUGCUUGCGCUUCCUCUGCUUGCGCUUCCUCUCCUUGCGCUUCCUCUGCUUGCGCUUCCUGUGCUUGCGCCUCCUCUGCUUGUGCUUCCUCUUCUUGCACUUCCUCUGCUUGCACUUCCUCUGCAUGCGCUUCCUCUGCUUGUGCUUCCUCUGCUUAUGCUUCCUCUGCUUGUGCUUCCUCUGCUUGCGCUUCCUCUGCGUGUGCUUCCUCUGCUUGCGCUUCCUCUGCUUGCACUCCUCUGCUUGUGCUUCCUCUGCUUGUGCUUCCUCUGCUUGUGCUUCCUCUUCUUGCGCUUCCUCUGCUUGUGCUUCCUCUGCUUGCGCUUCCUUUGCUUGUUCUUCCUCUGCUUAUGCUUCCUCUGCUUGCGCUUCCUCUUCUUGUGCUUCCUCUGCUUGCCUUGCGCUUCCUCUGCGUGCACUUCCUCUGCUUGUGCUUCCUCUGCUUGCGCUUCCUGUGCUUGCGCUUCCUCUGCUUGCGCUCCUCUACUUGUGCUUCCUCUGCUUGUGCUUCCUCUGCUUGCACUUCCUCUGCUUGUGCUUCCUCUGCUUCCGCUUCCUCUACUUGUGCUUCCUCUGCUUGCGCUUCCUCUGCUUGUGCUUCCUCUGCUUGUGCUUCCUCUGCUUGCGCUUCUUUGCUUCUGCUUCCUAUGCUUGUGCUUCUUCUACUUGCGAUUCCUCUGCUUGUGCUUCCUCUGCUUGCGCUUCCUCUGCUGUUGCUUCCUCUGCUUGUGCUUCCUCUUCUUGCGCUUCCUGUGCUUGUGCUUCCUCUGCUUGCGCUCCUGAGCUUGUACUUCCUCUGCUUGUGCUUCCCCUGCUUGCGCUUCCUCUGCUUGUGCUUCCUCUCCUUGCGCUUCCUCUGCUUGUGCUUCUUCUGCUUGCGCUUCCUCUGCUUUCGCUCCUCUGCUUGUGCUUCAUCUGCUUGUGCUUCUUGCUUGUGCUUCCUCUGCUUGCGCUUCCUCUGCUUGUGCUUCCUCUACUUGCGCUUCCUCUGCUUGCGCUUCCUCUGCUUGCGCUUCCUCUUCUUGCGCUUCCUCUGCUUCCGCUUCCUCUGCUUGUGCUUCCUCUGCUUACUCUUCCUUUGCUUACGCUUUCUCCGCCUGCGCUCCUCUGCUUGUGCUUCCUGUGCUUGUGCUUCCUCUGCUUGCGCUUCCUCUGCUUGCGCUUCCUCUCCUUGCGCUUCCUCUGCUUGCGCUUCCUUUGCUUGCGCUUCCUCUGCUUGCGCUUCCUUUGCUUGGCUUCCUCUGCUUGUGCUUCCUGUGCUUGUGCUUCCUCUGCUUGCGCUUCCUCUGCUUGCGCUUCCUCUGCUUGUGCUUCCUCUGCUUGCGCUUUCUCUGCUUGUGCUUCCUGUGCUUGCGCCUCCUCUGCUUGUGCUUCCUCUUCUUGCACUUCCUCUGCUUGCACUUCCUCUGCAUGCGCUUCCUCUGCUUGUGCUUCCUCUGCUUAUGCUUCCUCUGCUUGUGCUUCCUCUGCUUGCGCUUCCUCUACUUGUGCUUCCUGUGCUUGCGCUUCCUCUGCUUGCGCUUCCUCUGCUUGCGCUUCCUCUGCUUGCGCUUCCUCUGCUUGCGCUUCCUCUGCUUGCGCUUCCUCUGCUUGCGCUUCCUCUGCUUGCGCCUCCUCUGCUUGGGCUCCUCUAAAUGGGCUUCCUGUGCUUGUGCUUCCUCUACUUGCGCUUCCUCUGCUUGUGCUUCUUCUGCUUGCGCUUCCUCUGCUUGUGCUUCGUCUGCUUCCGCUUCCUCUGCUUGUGCUUCCUCUGCUUGCGCUUCCUCUGCUUUCGCUACCUCUGCUUGUGCUUCCUAUGCUUUUGCUUCCUCUGCUUGUGCUUCCUAUGCUUGUGCUUCCUCUACUUGUGCUUCCUCUACUUGUGCUUCCUCUGCUUGUGCUUCCUCUUCUUGCGCUUCCUCUGCUUGCGCUCCUCUGCUUGCGCUUCCUUUGCUUUGGCUUCCUCUGCUUGUGCUUCCUCUGCUUGUGCUUCCUCUGCUCGUGCUUCCUCUGCUUGUGCUUCCUCUGCUUGCGCUCCUCUGCUUGCGCUUCCUUUGCUUGGGCUUCCUCUGCUUGUGCUGCCUCUACUUGUGCUUCCUCCGCUUGUGCUUCCUCUGCUUGUGCUUCCUCUGCUUGCGCUUCCUCUUCUUGCGCUUCCUAUGCUUGCGCUUCCUGUGCUUGCGCUCCUCUGCUUGUGCUUCCUCUGCUUGUGCUUCCUCUGCUAGCGCUUCCUCUGCUUGUGCUUCCUCUGCUUGCGCUUCCUCUACUUGUGCUUCCUCUACUUGCGCUUCCUCUGCUUGCGCUUCCUCUGCUUGCGCUUCCUCUACUUGCGCUUCCUCUGCUUGCGCUUCCUAUGCUUGUGCUUCCUCUACUUGCGCUUCCUCUGCUUGUGCUUCCUCUACUUGCGCUUCCUCUGCUUGCGCUUCCUGUGCUUGCGCUUCCUCUGCUUGCGCUUCCUCUACUUGCGCUCCUCUGCUUGUGCUUCCUCUGCUUGUGCCUCCUCUGCUUGUGCUUGCUCUGCUUGCGCUUCCUCUGCUUGUGCUUCCUCUGCUUGCACUUCCUCUGCUUGUGCUUCCUCUGCUUGUGCUUCCUCGAAAUGGGCUUCCUCUUCAUGUGCUUCCUCUGCUUGCGCUUCUUCUGCUUGUGCUUCCAUAGCUUGUGCUUCCUCUGCUUGCGCUUCCUCUGCUUGCGCUUCCUCUACUUGCGCUUCUUCUGCUUGUGCUUCAUCUACUUGCGCUUCCUCUGCUUGUGCUUCCUCUUUUUGCAUUUCCUCUGCUUGCACUUCCUCUGCUUGCGCUCCUCUGCUUGUGCUUCCUCUGCUUAUGCUUCCUCUGCUUGCGCUUGCUCUGCUUUUGCUUCCUCCGCUUGCUCUUCCUCUUCUUGUUCUUCCUUUGCUUGCGCUUCCUCUGCUUGCGCUCCUCUGCUUGUGCUUCCUCUGCUUGUGCUUCCUCUACUUGUGCUUCCUCUUCUUGCGCUUCCUCUGCUUGUGCUUCUCUGCUUGCGCUUCCUCUUCUGUGCUUCCUCUCCUUACGCUUCCUCUGCUUGCGCUUCCUCUGCUCGCGCUUCCUCUGCUUGUUCUUACUCUGCUUGUGCUUCCUCUGCUUGUGCUUCCUCAACUUGCGCUUCCUCUGCUUGCGCUUCCUCUGGUUGUGACUCCUCAGCUUCCGCUUCCUCUGCUUGCGCUUCCUCUUCUUGUGCUUCCUCUACUUGUGCUUCCUCUGCUUGUGCUUCCUCUCCUUGCGCAUCCUCUGCUUGUGCUUCCUCUGCUUCCGCUUCCUCUACUUGUGCUUCCUCUGCUUGCGCUUCCUCUGCUUGUGCUUCCUCUGCUUGUGCUUCCUCUGCUUGCGCUUCUUUGCUUGUGUUUCCUAUGCUUGUGCUUCCUCUACUUGCGCUUCCUCUGCUUGUGCUUCUCUGCUUGCGCUUCCUCUGCUGUUGCUUCCUCUGCUUGCGCUUCCUCUGCUUGCGCUUCCUCUGCUUGCGCUUCCUCUGCUUGUUGCUCCUCUGCUUGCGCUCCUCUGCUUGUGCUUCCUUUGCUUGUGCUUCCUCUGCUUGCGCAUCGUCUGCUUGUGCUUCCUCUGCUUGCGCUUCCUCUGCGUGUGCUUCCUCUGCUUGCGCUUCCUCUGCUGUGUGCUUCCUUUGCUUGCGCUUCCUCUGCUUGUGCUUCCUCUGCUUGCGCUUCUUUGCUUGUGUUUCCUAUGCUUGUGCUUCCUCUACUUGCGCUUCCUCUGCUUGUGCUUCCUCUGCUUGCGCUUCCUCUGCUGUUGCUUCCUUCUUCUUGUGCUUCCUCUGCUUGCGCUUCCUCUGCUUGCGCUUCCUCUGCUUGUGCUUCCUCUGCUUGCGCUCCUCUGCUUGUGCUUCCUUUGCUUGUGCUUCCUCUGCUUGCGCAUCGUCUGCUUGUGCUUCCUCUGCUUGCGCUUUCCUCUGUGUGCUUCCUUUGCUUGCGCUUCCUCUUCUUGUGCUACCUCUGCUUGUGCUUCCCUCUGCUUGCGCUUCCUUUGCUUGCACUUCCUCUGCUUGUGCUUCCUCUACUUGCGCUUCCUCGCUGUGGCUUUCUCUGCUUGUGCUUCCUUUGCUUGCGUUUCCUCUGCUUGUGCUUCUUACUUGCUCUGCUUCCUUGCUUUCCUUGCUUGUGCUUCCUCUGCUUGUGCUUCCUCUGCUUGUGCUUCCUCUGCUUGUGCUUCCUCUGCUUGUGCUUCCUCUGCUUGUGCUUCCUCUGCUUGUGCUUCCUCUGCUUGCGCUUCCUCUGCUUGUGCUUCCUCUGCUUGUGCUUCCUCUGCUUGUGCUUCCUCUGCUUGCGCUUCCUCUGCUUGCGCUUCCUCUGCUUGUGCUUCCUCUGCUUGCGCUUCCUCUGCUUGCGCUUCCUCUGCUUGUGCUUCCUUGCUUGUGCUUCCUCUGCUUGCGCUUCCUCUGCUUGUGCUUCCUCUGCUUGUGCUUCCUCUACUUGCGCUUCCUCUGCUUGUGCUUCCUCUGCUUGUGUUUCCUCUGCUUGCGCUUCCUCUGCUUUGCUUCCUCUGCUUGUGCUUCCUCUGCUUGUGCUUCCUCUGCUUGCGCUUCCUCUGCUUGUGCUUCCUCUGCUUGCGCUUCCUCUGCUUGUGCUUCCUCUGCUUGCGCUUCCUCUGCUUGCGCUCCUCUGCUUGUGCUUCCUCUGCUUGUGCUUCCUCUCUUGCGCUUCCUCUGCUUGUGCUUCCUCUGCUUGCGCUUCCUCUGCUUGUGCUUCCUCUGCUUGCGCUUCCUCUGCUUGCGCUUCCUCUGCUUGCGCUUUCUCGCUUGUGCUUCCUCUGCUUGUGCUUCCUCUUCUUGUGCUUCCUCUGCUUGUGCUUCCUCUGCUUGUGCUUCCUCUUCUUGUGCUUCCUCUGCUUGCGCUUCCUCUUCUUGCGCUUCCUCUGCUUGCGCUUCCUCUGCUUGCGCUCCUCUGCUUGUGCUUCCUCUGCUUGUGCUUCCUCUGCUUGCGCUUCCUCUGCUUGUGCCUCUGCUUGCGCUUCCUCUACUUGUGCUUCCUCUACUUGCGCUUCCUCUGCUUGCGCUUCCUCUGCUUGCGCUUCCUCUACUUGCGCUUCCUCUGCUUGCGCUCCUCUGCUUGUGCUUCCUCUACUUGCGCUUCCUCUGCUUGUGCUUCCUCUACUUGCGCUUCCUUUGCUUGCGCUUCGUUUGCUUGCGCUUCCUGUGCUUGCGCUUCCUCUGCUUGCGCUUCCUCUACUUACUUGCGCUCCUCUGCUUGUGCUUCCUCUGCUUGUGGCCUCCUCUGCUUGUGCUUGCUCUGCUUGCGCUUCCUCUGCUUGUGCUUCUGUGCUUGCACUUCCUCUGCUUGUGCUUCCUCUGCUUGUGCUUCCUCGAAAUGGGCUUCCUCUUCAUGUGCUUCCUCUGCUUGCGCUUCUUCUGCUUGUGCUUCCAUAGCUUGUGCUUCCUCUGCUUGCGCUUCCUCUGCUUGCGCUUCCUCUACUUGUCGCUUCUUCUGCUUGUGCUUCAUCUACUUGCGCGUCCUCUGCUUGUGCUUCCUCUUUUUGCAUUUCCUCUGCUUGCACUUCCUCUGCUUGCGCUCCUCUGCUUGUGCUUCCUCUGCUUAUGCUUCCUCUGCUUGCGCUUCCUCUGCUUUUGCUUCCUCCACUUGCUCUUCCUCUUCUUGUGCUUCCUUUGCUUGCGCUUCCUCUGCUUGCGCUCCUCUGCUUGUGCUUCCUCUGCUUUUGCCCUCUACUUGUGCUUCCUCUUCUUGCGCUUCCUCUGCUUGUGCUUCCUCUGCUUGCGCUUCCUCUUCUUGUGCUUCCUCUGCUUACGCUUCCUCUGCUUGCGCUUCCUCUGCUCGCGCUUCCUCUGCUUCUUCCGCUUCCUCUGCUUGCGCUUCCUCUUCUUGUGCUUCCUCUUCUUGCGCUUCCUCUGCUUGCGCUUCCUCUGCUUGCGCUCCUCUACUUGUGCUUCCUCUGCUUGUGCUUCCUCUCCUUGCGCAUCCUCUGCUUGUGCUUCCUCUGCUUCCGCUUCCUCUACUUGUGCUUCCUCUGCUUGCGCUUCCUCUGCUUUUGCUUCCUCUGCUUGUGCUUCCUCUGCUUGUGUUUCCUAUGCUUGUGCUUCCUCUACUUGCGCUUCCUCUCCUUGUGCUUCCUCUGCUUGCGCUUCCUCUGCUGUUGCUUCCUCUGCUUGUGCUUCCUCUUCUUGUGCUUCCUCUGCUUGCGCUUCCUCUGCUUGCGCUUCCUCUGCUUGUGCUUCCUCUGCUUGCGCUCCUCUGCUUGUGCUUCCUCUCAUUGGUCUCCCUUUGCUUGUGCUUCCUCUGCUUGCGCAUCGUCUGCUUGUGCUUCCUCUGCUUGCGCUUCCUCUGCGUGUGCUUCCUCUGCUUGCGCUUCCUCUGCUUGCAUUUCCUUUGCUUGCGCUUCCUCUGCUUGUGCUUCCUCUGCUUGCGCUUCCUCUGCUUGCGCUUCCUCUACUUGUGCUUCCACUCCUUGCGCUUCCUCUGCUUGCGCUUCCUCUGAAGGUGCUUCCUUUUGCUUGCGCUUCCUCUUCUUGUGCUACCUCUGCUUGUGCUUCCUCUGCUUGCGCUUCCUUUGCUUGCACUUCCUCUGCUUGUGCUUCCUCUGUUUACGCUUCCUCUGCUUGUGCUUUCUCUGCUUGUGCUUCCUUUGCUUGCGUUUCCUCUGCUUGUGCUUCUUCAGCUUGCGCUUUCCUUUGCUUGUUCUUCCUCUACUUGUUGCUUCCCUUGCUUGUGCUUCCUCUGCUUGUGCUUCCUCUGCAUGUGGCUUCCUCUACUUGUGCUUCCUCUGCUUGUGCUUCCUCUGCUUGCGCUUCCUCUGCUUGUGCUUCCUCUGCUUGUGCUUCCUUCGCUUGUGCUUCCUCUGCUUGCGCUUCCUCUGCUUGCGCUUCCUCUCCUUGUGCUUCCUCUGCUUGUGCUUCCUCUGCUUACGCUUCCUCUGCUUGCGCUUCCCUCUACUUGUGCUUCCUUGCUUGUGCUUCCUCUGCUUGCGCUUCCCCUGCUUGUGCUUCUUCUGCAUGUGCUUCCUCUACUUGCGCUUCCCUCUGCAGGUGCUUCCUCUACUUCCGUUUCCUCUGCUUGCACUUCCUCUGCUUGCGCUCCUCUUCUUGUGCUUCCUCUGCUUGUGCUUCCUCUGCUUGCGCUUCCUCUGGUUGUGCUUCCUCCGCUUGCGCUUCCUCUUCUUGUGCUUCCUCUGCUUGCGCUUCCUCUGCUUGCGCUUCCUCUGCUUGUGCUUCCUCUGCUUGUGCUCCCUCUUCUUACGCUUCCUCUGCUUGGCUUCCUCUGCUUGCACUUCCUCCUGCUUGUGCUUCCUCUGCUUACGCUUCCUCUGCUUGCGCUUCCUCUGCUCGCGCUUCCUCCGCUUGUGCUUCCUCCUGCUUUGUGCUUCCUCUUCUUGUGCUUCCUCUCCUGGUGCUUCCUCUGCUUGUGCUUCCUCUUCUUGUGCUUCCUCUGCUUGCGCUUCCUCUGCUUGCGCUUCCUCUGCUUGCGCUUCCUUUGCUUGUUCUUCCUCAGCUUGUGCAUCCUCUGCUUACGCUUCCUCCGCUUGAGCUUCCUCUACUUGUGCUUCCUCUGCUUGCGCUUCCUCUGCUUGUGCUUCCUCUGCUUGUGCUUCCUUUGCUUGCGUUUCCUCUGCUUGUGCUUCUUCAGCUUGCGCUUCCUUUGCUUGUUCUUCCUCUGCUUGUGCUUCCUCUUCUUGUGCUUCCUCUGCUUGUGCUUCCUCUGCAUGUGCUUCCUCUACUUGUGCUUCCUCUGCUUGUGCUUCCUCUGCUUGAGCUUCCUCUGCUUGUGCUUCCUCUGCUUGUGCUUCUCUACUUGUGCUUCCUCUACUUGCGCUUCCUCUGCUUGCGCUCCUCUCCUUGUGCUUCCUCUGCUUGUGCUUUCUCUGCUUGCGCUUCCUCUGCUUGCGCUUUCUCUACUUGUGCUUCCUUGCUUGUGCUUCCUCUGCUUGCGCUUCCUCUGCUUGUGCUUCUUCUACUUGUGCUUCCUCUACUUGCGCUUCCUCUGCUUGUGCUUCCUCUGCUUGCGUUUCCUCUGCUUGCACUUCCUCUGCUUGCGCUCCUCUUCUUGUGCUUCCUCUGCUUGUGCUUAUUCUGCUUGCGCUUUCUAUGCUUGUGCUUCCUCCGCUUGCGCUUCCUCUUCUUGUGCUUCCUCUGCUUGCGCUUCCUCUGCUUGCGCUUCUCUUCUUGCGCUUCCUCUGCUUGUGCUUCCUCUUCUUGCCCUUCCUCUGCUUGCGCUUCCUCUGCUUGCGCUUCCUCUGCUGUGCUUCUUCUGCUUGUGCUAUCCUCUACUUGCGCUUCCUCUGCUUGUGCUUCCUCUGCUUGCGUUUCCUCUACUUGCACUUGCUCUGCUUGCGCUCCUCUCCUUGUGCUUCCUCUGCUUGUGCCUCCUCUGCUUGUUAUUCUUCUUCUUGUGCUUCCUCUGCUUGCGCUUCCUCUGCUUGCACUUCCUCUGGUUGUGACUCCUCUGCUUGCGCUUCGUCUACUUGCGCUUCCUCUACUUGCGCUUCCUCUCCUUGCGCAUCCUCUGCUUGCGCUUCCUUUGCUUGCGCUUCCUCUGCCUUGCGCUUCCUCUGCUUGCGCUCCUCUGCUUGUGCUUCCUCUGCUUGUGCUUCCUCUUCUUGCGAUUCCUCUGCUUGUGCUUCUUCUGCUUCCUCUUCCUCUACUUGUGCUUCUCUGCUUGCGCUUCCUUUGCUUGUGCUUCCUCUGCUUGUGCUUCCUCUGCUUGCGCUUCCUCUGCUUGUGCUUCCUCUGCUUACGCUUCCUCUGCUUGCGCUUCCUCAACUCGCGCUUCCUCUGCUUGUGCUUCCUCUACUUUUGCUUCCUCUUCUUGUGCUUCCUCAACUUUGCGCUUCCCCUGCUUGCGCUUCCUCUGGUUGUGACUCCUCAGCUUCCGCUUCCUCUGCUUGCGCUUCCUCUGCUUGUGCUUCCUCUUCUUGCGCUUUCUCUGCUUGCGCUUCCUCUGCUUGCGCUCCUCUGCUUGUGCUUCCUCUGCUUGUGCUUCCUUUGCUUGCGCUUCCUCUGCUUGUGCUUCUUCAGCUUGCGCUUUCCUUUGCUUGCGCUUCCUUUGCUUGUUCUUCCUCUGCUUGUGCUUCCUCUGCUUGUGCUUCCUCUGCUUGUGCUUCCUCUGCAUGUGCUUCCUUCUACUUGUGCUUCCUCUGCUUGUGCUUCCUCUGCUUGCGCUUCCUCUGCUUGUGCUUCCUCUGCUUGUGCUUCCUCUGCUUGUGCUUCCUCUGCUUGCGCUUCCUCUGCUUGCGCUCCUACUCCUUGUGCUUCCUCUGCUUGUGCUUCCUCUGCUUGCGCUUCCUCUGAUUGCGCUUCCUCUACUUGUGCUUCCUUGCUUGUGCUUCCUCUGCUUGCGCUUCCUCUGCUUGUGCUUCUUCUACUUGUGCUUCCUCUACUUGCGCUUCCUCUGCUUGUGCUUCCUCUGCUUGCGUUUCCUCUGCUUGCACUUCCUCUGCUUGUGCUCCUCUUCUUGUGCUUCCUCUGCUUGUGCUUAUUCUGCUUGCGCUUUCUCUGCUUGUGCUUCCUCCGCUUGCGCUUCCUCUUCUUGUGCUUCCUCUGCUUGCGCUUCCUCUACUUGCGCUUCCUCUUCUUGCGCUUCCUCUGCUUGUGCUUCCUCUUCUUGCCCUUCCUCUGCUUGCGCUUCCUCUGCUUGCGCUCCUCUGCUUGUGCUUCCUCUGCUUGUGCUUCCUCUGCUUGCGCUUCCUCUGCUUGUGCUUCCUCUGCUUACGCUUCCUCAGCUUGCGCUUCCUCUGCUCACGCUUCAUCUGCUUGUGCUUCCUCUGCUUGUGCUUCCUCUGCUUGUGCUUCCUUUGCUUGCGCUUCCUCUGCUUGCGCUUCCUCUGGUUGUGACUCCUCAGCUCCCGCUUCCUCUGCUUGCAUAUUUCCUCUGCUUGUUGCUUCCUCUUCUUGCGCUUCCUCUGUUUGCGCUUCCUCUGCUUGCGCUCCGUCUGCUUGUGCUUCCUCUGCUUGUGCUUCCUUUGCUUGCCUUGUGCUUCCUUUGCUUGCGUUUCCUCUGCUUGUGCUUCUUAGCUUGCGCUUCCUUUGCUUGUUCUUCCUCUGCUUGUGCUUCCUCUGCUUGUGCUUCCUCUGCUUGUGCUUCCUCUGCAUGUGCUUCCUCUACUUGUGCUUCCUCUGCUUGCUGCUUCCUCUGCUUGCGCCUUCUCUGCUUGUGCUUCCUCUGCUUGUGCUUCCUCUGCUUGUGCUUCCUCUGCUUGCGCUUCCUCUGCUGCGCUCCUCUGCUUGUGCUUCCUCUGCUUGUGCUUCCUCUGCUUGCGCUUCCUCUGCUUGCGCUUCCUCUGCUUGUGCUUCCUCUGCUUGUGCUUCCUCUGCUUGUGCUUCCUCUGCUUGCGCUUCCUCUGCUUGCGCUCCUCUCCUUGUGCUUCCUCUGCUUGUGCUUCCUCUACUUGCGCUUCCUCUGCUUGCGCUUCCUCUUCUUGUGCUUCCUUGCUUGUGCUUCCUCUGCUUGCGCUUCCUCUGCUUGUGCUUCUUCUGCUUGUGCUUCCUCUACUUGCGCUUCCUCUGCUUGGUGCUUCCUCUACUUGCGUUUCCUCUGCUUGCACUUCCUUGCUUGUGCUUCCUCUGCUUGCGCUUCCUCUGCUUGUGCUUCUUCUGCUUGUGCUUCCUCUACUUGCGCUUCCUCUGCUUGUGCUUCCUCUGCUUGCGUUUCCUCUGCUUGCACUUCCUCUGCUUGCGCUCCUCUUCUUGUGCUUCCUCUGCUAAUGCUUCCUCUGCUUGCGCUUCCUCUGCUUGUGCUUCCUCCGCUUGCGCUUCCUCUUCUUGUGCUUCCUCUGCUUGCGCUUCCUCUGCUUGUGCUUCCUCCGCUUGCGCUUCCUCUCCUUGUGCUUCCUCCGCUUGCGCUUCCUCUUCUUGUGCUUCCUCUGCUUGCGCUUCCUCUGCUUGCGCUCCUCUGCUUGUGCUUCCUCUGCUUGUGCUUCCUCUUCUUGCGCUUCCUCUGCUUGUGCUUCCUCUGCUUGCGCUUCAUCUGCUUGUGCUUCCUCUGCUUACGCUUCCUCUGCUUGCGCUUCCUCUGCUCGCGCUUCCUCUGCUUGUGCUUCCUCUGCUUGUGCUUCCUCUUCUUGUGCUUCCUCUGCUUGCACUUCCUCUGCUUGCGCUUCCUCUGGUUGUGACUCCUCUGCUUGCGCUUCCUCUACAUGCGCUUCCUCUACUUGCGCUUCCUCUACUUGCGCAUCCUCUGCUUGCGCUUCCUCUGCUUGCGCUUCCUCUGCUUGCGCUUCCUCUGCUUGCGCUUCCUUUGCUUGUGCUUCCUCUGCUUGUGCUUCCUCUGCUUGCGCUUCCUCUGCUUGUGCUUCUUCUACUUCCGCUUCCUCUACUUGUGCUUCCUCUGCUUGCGCUUCCUUUGCUUGUGCUUUCUCUGCUUGUGCUUCCUCUGCUUGCGCUUCCUUUGCUUGUGCUUCCUAUGCUUGUGCUUCCUCUGCUUGCGCUUCCUCUGCUUGUGCUUCCUCUGCUUGUGCUUCCUCUGCUUGUGCUUCCUCUGCUUGCGCUUCCUGUGCUUGCGCUCCUCUUCUUGUGCUCCUCUACUUGUGCUUCCUCUGCUUGCGCUUCCUCUGCUUGCGCUUCCUCUGCAUGUGCUUCCUGUGCUUGUGCUUCCUCUGCUUGUGCUUCCUCUGCUUGCGCUUCCUCUGCUUGCGCUUCCUCUGCUUGCGCUUCCUCUUCUUGCGCUUCCUCUCCUUGCGAUCCUCUGCUUGUGCUUCCUCUGCUUGUGCUUCCUCUGCUUGCGAUUCCUCUGCUGUUGCUUCUCUGCUUGUGCUUCUUCUCUGCGCUUCCUCUGCUUUGCUUCCUCUGCUUGCGCUUCCUCUGCUUGUGCUUCCUCUGCUUGCGCUUCCUCUGCUUCCGAUUCCUCUGCUUGCGCUUCCUCUGCUUGUGCUUCCUCUGCUUGUGCUUCCUCUGCUUGCGCUUCCUCUGCCUGUGCUUCCUCUGCUUGUGCUUCCUCUGCUUGUGCUUCCUCUGCUUGCGCUUCCUCUGUGAGAUUCACGAGGAAUGA